UACGAAGCAGUAUGGAGUUGCUACUAUACAUUGCCGUUCUCUUCACCGUAUUGUUUCUACUGCGUUUCGUUCAGCUUCUCAUUUUGGUGCGGAAAAACCAAAAAUCAUCACUCGCCCAUCGCACCAAUCCAGCACGUACAAUGAUCGUUAUGGGGUCGGGUGGUCACACUGCAGAAAUGUUGCGUAUUGUUGAACGCCUGGACUGCAAUCGCUACACACCACGGCAAUAUAUUAUCGCGGACACGGACAAAACAAGCGUAGUGAAAGUUAUCGAAAGCGAGGUACGCAGGGAACCGGACACAGCGAAGCAAAUGUACGAAAUCACUACCAUUGGACGGAGCAGAGAAGUGCAUCAAACCUACAUCAGCUCUGUGAUGACUACUAUUUCCGCUGUGUUUAACUGUGUACCCAUAAUUUUGAAAGCUAAGCCUGACUUGAUACUCACAAACGGUCCUGGCACGUGUGUGCCCAUUUGUUUGGUUGCAUUCCUGGCGCGAGUUUUGUUUCUUAAUACCAAGUGUAGAAUAGUGUUUAUUGAAAGUUUCUGUCGAGUGCGAAGUAUAUCGUUAAGUGGACGCAUUUUGUUAUUCAUCGUGGACAUAUUUGUCGUGCAGUGGCCCGAACUGAUUCAACAGACGACUUUGUGGCGUAAUGAUGUUCGCUGUUUCGGACGCUUGUAGGA